AUGGCAGCACAGCCAUCCCCAGCACCCGGCGCAGAGGCAGCACCACAGCCACCACCGGAACGCGUCAAGCUCCACUUCAAAGCCGUCGGCUCCGCCCCCUUAUUACGAAAACCAAAACUCACGGUAAACGGAACAGAGCCGUUCCACGCGGUGCAGACGUUCCUCGCGAAGCAAUUACAAUUACCUCAAACGGAGCGCCUUUUCCUCUACUGCGACAGCGCCUUCUCGCCUGUCCCUACCGAGCCCGUCGGCCACCUCUACGCCUGUUUUGGAAGAGGCGGCGAGCUCGUCGUCAACUACGCGACGACGGGCGCGUACGGGUGA